AUGAUAAAAUAAAUUCAAAGAGUUUUGAAAUAAAUUGAUAUAUACGGACAAAGUAUAUAAUUGAGCUUUCACAAAAAGAAUUCAUACAACACAGUCUUUGGAGGAUGUAUCAGCUUUAUUGUUUUAAUCAGCUUCUUAGUAGGCUGCUGGUUUUUUGGUAAAGAAUUGUUUUUAAAAAAAAAUCCUUAAGUUAUUAUGCAAGAAAGAUCUGUAGAUAACCCGAAAAGGAUAGAUGUUAAGCCAGAUAACUUAAUUAUUAUGAUGGGAAUCGCUAAUAAUAAUGCCCAAUACAUUUAUGACCCUACUAUAUUUUCUGUAAACGCUGUUCAGCUAACCCAAGUUCUUAUUUAAGAUCCUCAUACGGGCAAAUAAACAGUUUAAUUAGUAAAUAAUACAAAAACGAUUAAGCAAUGCAGUAUGAGUGAUGUUAAAAUACCUGACUUAGUAAGCUAUUUUUAGAAUUUGAAUUACACUGCUAUGUAUUGCUUCGAUACUUAGAAGGAUCAGGUCUUCUUUGAAGGUGAUUUCAACUAAAAAGCGUUUUCUUAACUGAAUAUUUAUUUUUAGAAAUGCCAAAAUUCUACUUCUAGUUAAAUUAUUUGUAAGUCUUAAGAAGAAAUAGAUAAAACUUUGCUUUUAACGAAACUUAGUAUAUUCAUGUCUGAUCAUGUGAUUGACCCUUUAAAUUUUGAAAACCCGGUUUCUAAUAGAGCAAUUAGCCUUUACUCAGUUGCAUCGUCUUAGUUUCCUUAAGAAACUGAUUUAUUCUUAACUAAUUAUUAUAUAGACACAGAUGGAGGAGUUUUUUAUUAAUAAUUGUAGUAGUAACAAACAUUUAUUUUUGCUUCAUAAAUAACUACCCCAUUAUUUGGGGAUCCUACUAUUUUAAUGAAAUUAAACAUUAGACUUUAAAAGUUUUAAGAAAAUUACAUGAAAAGAACAUAUUUAAAAUUGGCAGAUGUAGUUGCUUAAAUAGGAGGAUUAUUUAAAAUACUUAUUUUAUUAGGUGCUUUAAUAACAAAUCCUAUUUCUAAGCUUUAUUAUUUUAAAGCUAUAAUAGAUGAAAUUUAUCAAUUUCAUAGCACUAAACAAAAUGUGAAAUUAAUACCAAAAAAAUAAUAAGUAUCUAUCUAAGUCAGUGAGUUAGAUUUGAAUUAGUAAAAAUCACCUCUAAAUAAAUAAAAACAAGACUCUACAAAUUUAUAAAAAGAUAAAGAUUAAGAGAAUUAUAAAAAGCAAGUAAAAAUGGAAGCUCCAUAAGCAAUUUUAAUGUAAAAUACAAUUUAAACUUAAUCGUUUGAGUUAAAUCCAUCUUAAAAUUAUCAUCAGUUAGAGAAAAAGAAAACAUAAAUUUACUCAAAUUAAAAUAUUAUAACUUAACUUUUAAUGAGAGUGAAAUAUUACUUUUAGAACACGCAUAAUAUAAUAAAAUAUAGAUUUAUAAAUUAUUUUUUUCAUGCAUAUCUCCCAUAAUGCGGUUGGAAGACCUAGGACCGUAAUUUAUUAAACAAAGGCAUAAUUAAGAUAUAAGAAAACUUUGACAUAUUAUACAUUUUCAACAAAUUGCUUGAGAUUGAUAAGAUGAAAAGCAUACUUUUUAACUCAGAUCAAUUGAAUCUAUUUGAAUAUAUGCCUAAACCUACAAUAAAUGACGAAUCAGUGUUAGAAGAAAUAAAUUUAAUUUAGAAUAGCCAUGUCGUCUGUGCUGCAAAUAAUCCUCAGGAUGAAAUUUGUUCAAAAUCUUAAAACAACAUUUAGAAACAGACUAAUAAAAAGAAAUAAAAAUUAAAACAAUUAAGGCAUAAAGAUGAAACUUAAAUGGCUAAAGAUGCAUAUGAAGGGUUAAAUAAUAUUUUGAAUAAAAAAAAACUUUCAAAGGUUGAUGAAAAUUUAAUAAGAAUAAUAGACCCUGAAUUUUUGUAGUAAAUAUAGUAAUAAAAAUAAAGUAAUCUACAAGAUGAAAACGAAACAAGUAUUAUGUCUUCAAUAUUUAGACCACAUCUGAUAAUCUAAAGCCCUCUGAACAAUCUUAAGAAAGAGAUAGAUUAUUAAUAUCCUUCUUCUGGAAAAAAUCAAUCUAAGUUUUUUUAAAAAAAUUAUUAAUAAGAUUAAUAAACGAGUUUCUUUGAUUAAUCACCAUUUUAAUAAUAAAGUGAAAAUAAAAAUGAUUAUUUAGAAAAAUCUUCAAAUUUAGGAGAUUCUUAAUAUUUUGUAAAUCUAAACGAAGCAAAUGUAUAAGCUAUCAAGAAUAAUGAUACUAAAAAAUUUAUUCCCUCUAAAUGUAGCAAUAAUUAAGCUUCAUAAAGUCCUCAAAUAAUCUAAUUUACCUAAAAAGUAUAUUUGAGAAGGGUAUUAGUAAAUGAAGAUUUAGAAGACAACAUGAAAAGAUAUAGUUCUGUUUAGCCUAGUCGUACGAACAAUUACUAAUAAAGUUAAAAUUAAGAGUAAUAAAGUAACUAGAGCUACAAUAUAGAUGACAUGGAAGUUGUUAUUACAAAAAUUAAGAGACAAGAAAUAAAAAUAAAGGAACCAUGGUGUAAAGUUCCUAGCUAAAAACUGAAUUGUGGAAAGAGUCAUAAUGAUUAACCUGAAUAUACUCACGUGAGUGCUUAAAAGUGGCUAGAAAAUAGAAUAAAAAAAAGAAAUUAAGAAAGGGCUCUUUUAAAAGCACUACAGCUUUAGAAGGAGCAAGAAGAAUAAUUCAAAGACUGCAUCUAUUAAGCUUAGUUCAAUGAUGAUAUUAAUAAUAAGCAAGGUAACUAGUAAAAUAAGAACUUAAUAAAUAGCAGUUCAUCUUAACUAAGAUAGGAAAAAGUUCUUUGGAAAAAGAGAAUGAUCUAUGAGUUGCAUGAUAUUAAUCGAUUUAUGGAUGAAUACAAUUAAGAAAAGAGGCAAGAAAGGGCAUUUUAGAAGAGAUAAAAGUUCAUAGGAGAUUUAGAUUUUGAUGAUAGAGACUAAAAAAAGUUAGAGCAUCACAAGGAAUAAAGAGAUAGGUUAAAUUAACUACAUAAGAGACUGUAUGGUCAUGAAAGUCUUGAGAGAGUGUUAGCUAAAGGGCUAAUAAAAGAACUCUUGCAAGACUUCAUCAAUCAUUAAAUUAAUAUUGGAAUAAAGGAAAAAGAUGAAAUAACUGAGACACUAACUAUUAAUAGCAAAUAGAUAAAUGCAAUUAAAUAAAGGCAUAAUAGUAUUGAAUAAAAAUUACAAAAAGACUCAAAGCCUGUCUCUGUUAAUAGGAAAAUAGAAUAAAACGAGCUUCCGCAGAAGAAGGCGAAAUCAAAAAGCUACCAUUCGACUUAUAUAGCUAAAAAUUCACCAGACACAAAGACACAUCAAAACAAGUAAGAAAAAACAGAUGAGGUAGGUAAUAAAAAUAGAUUAGAGAAAUAUGGAGAUGAGAAGGAGUAAGAGAAUAAAAACAAUUUCAAGACAAGAAGUGAUGUCCAUUUUCAUAAUAUAGAUAAAAUAAACAAAUAAAUAAAUUAUAGAAUGAUAAAAAAUGAUAAUUAAUAGUACAUUUAUACAUUUGCUGAAAGUUAAGCUAUAAGGGAUUAGUAAUCAGAUUAAAUAAUUCAAUAAAAUAAGCAAAGAUAAUCAUUGAUAGAAGAAUAAGUAAGCAGUCAGUAUUUUAAGAAAAAUGAAUAAGAAGAGGCUGUCUCAAAAUAAAAAUAUAACUCAUGUAAUACAAGAAGCUUUCGAGCCAGUGAUCAUGUGUCUGGCUCAUAAUUGAAUGGUUCUUAGGAUGAUAUAUUUAUGAGCAUCUUGAAUAAGAGCCUUGUUUAUUUAGACAAGGACGAAAAGAAUAUAAAAAAUUUAAAAUAAAAUUUACAAAGCCUAAAGAAAGGACAAUCAAUAAUAAUUUAAGAGAGUGACAUACAGGAAAAUGAAAUAGCACCUAGAGAAUCUUUAAAUAUAUUAGGAGACUAAGAACUUGGUAAAGAUUACUUCAAGUAUCUGAGAAAAAAUAAUGAGUAAUAGUAACAAAAACAAGAAGAAGAGAUUAAAUUGAAAUUAAAAGAUAAUCCUUCUUUUACUAAAAUUUUGGCUAUGAAAAAAAUUGAGAAUAUAUCAAAGUUAUAGAACUUCUAUGACGAUUACAUCAAUCACAUUUAAAAGAAAAUAUUAAAUAAUAACGAAAAGGUUUAAAAAUUAUACGUUUAAAAGCCAGAAUACAAAAGCUUAUCUGUUUUACCAAACAUGUAAAGAAAAGCAGAAAUGGAAGAGGAGGAAAAAUUAAGAAAGUUGAGAGAAGAAGAAGAGAAAAAAAGAGCAAAAAAAACUAGAGUUUUUAAGAAGUUUUAAAGCUAAAACGAUCUAAGUGAGGUAACAACAACAAUGAAUGCCAAAACAAUUAAAAUAAAAGAACAAGAAGACAAGCAAGCUCAAACAUUUAAAUAAGCUUAUCAGAAAAAUAAUGAAUAAAAUGGUGAAGAAGGUUUUUCAUAAAUAUAUGACAAGAUACUCUCUAUGAAUUUAAAAAAAAAAUAGAUAUUAUAAGAAAAUGGCAAUUAUCAUGAAAAUACAAUCAAGUUUCAAAUUUUAAAUACAGCUAUUAAUGGCAAUACAUAAAGAGGUUUAACUCCUAUAAAAAAUUUAUAAUAGGCAGGCAUUUCAACAAGCACGAGAUAAUAGCAUGACUAGCAAUAACAAAAAUAAGAAUAAUAGAAUACAGAAUAAAAUAAUAUAUCUUUAAGAUAAAAAAGGGAUAAUUCUCCUUUAACUUAAAAUCUUAAAUUUAUAAAUUAAAAUAAUAACGACUUAAAUUGUUUAAAGGAGCAAUAAAAGUUUGUUCUUUAAUUAUAAAACAAACAAGAUGACAAAAAAUUUAACAAUUUCAUUCAAAACGAUAUUCAAACUAAAACAAAUCGGUUGUUAUAAAAUAAUUCCCACUUAAUAAAGUAAAACACUUCUGACUUGCAAAAUUCAAAUUAAAAAAUUGAUAAAAUGGAAGGUUUAACAAAUGAAAUAGUUAAAAAUAAUAAAUUUAAGAUAAAUAUCUAGCAGUAAGAAUGUUAUAAGCCUACUAAUUAAUAGGAAAUGAAUAGUCCUUUAGUUAAGAGAGUUAAAGAAGAAAAAAUCUCUAAUAAUAUUAAUAAAAUAGAUUAAAAUUAAUAUUAUACUCCUUAAAAAGUUAUGAAGGAUUUAGAAAACCCAUAAAAAGAUUAAAUUUCUAUGAGUAACAGAAAUACAACAGCUGAAUCGCCUGAUAUUAAGCUGAAAUAUAAGCAAACCCAAUCUAUUCACUCUGCUUAAGGACAAAGAAAAAGUGAUAGUGUAGGGAGAUUUAGGAGCUUCUAAAAUUUAAGAAAUGUAAGCAUUUCAAAUUUACAAGGUUUUGAAAAAGUAAAUUAAUAAAGCAGCAUUUCAUUUAAAACAAAUGGUUUUUCUAAUGCUAGUUUAAUCGAAAAAGUUAUUAACUUAAAUAAGCAGUGCAUUUCAGAGAGUUAAAAUGUCAAUAAAAUUAAUAAACAUAUAUUGAUGAGAUAAAAAAGGAAUUUGAGAACAUUUACAAAGCUAGAUAAUAUGGUGAACAAUAUUAUUUGA